AUGCCAACCGCAGCUUUUGAUUGGCAGCGUGAAACUACCCCCUUUAGAGUUGAGUCGCUGUUGAUUCUCUGUGCCGCUGAGGGACUUCAUGUGCAGCGCAAAAGAAAAGCUAGGGCUACCAGCACGACGAUGUUGCUAGAGAAAUUAGGAAAAUCAGUGGCGGAAGAGAAAUACAAAACCCUAGAGGUAGUAGAGAAGAACCCCAAAUCAGGGGUGUUCCACCUAUACUUGAAUCGCUCGAGACAACGCAACGCUCUGACGCAUGAUUUCUUCACUGAAUUUCUCAAAGCCCUGUAUGCCCUGGACCACAACCAUGACGUCAACGUCAUCGUGUUAUCCGGCGCCGGUGAUCACUUCUGCUCCGGAAUCGACAUUUUCCAGUUGAAAUCUAUCACGCAGUCCUACCACGAUGCCGGGGAGAGUCUCCGUCGGCAGAUCCUGGCGAUGCAAGAUUCCGUCACGGCGUUGGAGCGGUGCCGGAGGCCAACGAUUGCUAGUAUCCAUGGCGCUUGCAUCGGUGGUGCAGUUGACAUCGUGACAGCCUGUGACUUAAGAUAUUGCACGGAGGACGCAUUCUUUUCGGUGAAGGUGGUUGAUUUGGCCCUGGCUGCUGAUCUCAGCACUCUUCAGAGAUUGCCAUUAAUUGUUGGCUACGGUAAUGUCAUGGAGUUGGCCUUGACAGCUCGCCGGUUUUCCAGUUCCGAGGCUAAGCAGUUGGGCUUCGUUUCUCGUGCUUUCCCUUCCAAAGAUGACCUCGAUCAAGCUGGCAGCUGCGUCGCUGGAAGGGACUUCCCCGCCGCCUUGUGCAACCGAAAGAUUAUUGGGGCUUGCUACUCCACCGACUACGAGGCCACCAACGGCAAGAUGAAUGACACCCUUGAGUACCGUUCUCCUGGGGAAUCCGAUGGCCAUGGCACCCACACCGCUUCCAUCGAGAUUGAGAGAGAGAGAGAGAGGAGGGGAGAGGAGAUGAUAGUGGUAGUGGUGGAGAGAGGGGUAGUUUAG